CUCCUCAGCUCUUCAAUUCAGAACCAGAUUCCUGUAUGAAGGGAAAAGCUGGAUACUAAGAGCCUGCUCAGUUCUGGAUCUGGCAUCAUUGCAAAUCUAAUAGCAUGGAUCCAGCCCUUUUCAUCACACGUUUCCUAGUCUUUGUACUUACUGUAGGGCAAAGCAUGUCCCUCUGUAUCCCUGUUGAUUACGUCAUCCAUGUGGAGAAGAGAGAAUGCGCCUAUUGUUUGGCUAUCAACACCACCAUCUGCGAAGGAUUCUGCAUGACAUGGGACAGCAAUGGUAAGAAGCUGCUGCCCCGAAGUGCCCUGUCCCAGGAGGUAUGCACAUAUAAGGACAUGGUGUACCGGACUGUUCUGAUCCCUGGCUGCCAGCACCAUGCUGCCUCGUACUAUUCCUACCCUGUUGCAGUAAGUUGCAAAUGUGGGAAAUGCAAUACUGACUACAGUGACUGUGUGCAGGAGGCCAGCAGGGCUGGCUAUUGCGCUAUGUUCAAGAAGCGACAUGGCCCUUGAAGUUCUGGCCAGCUGCCAUCUGCUCAUGCAUACAGCUGUUCCUUUGCCACAUGGCAAAUGACUGGCAGCCAAGAAUAAAUAGAAUGGGUAGUAUAUUCAA